AGUGUGGCGGGACCCCGGACAUGGUGGCAGCGUUUGGGUCUCUUGGCUGCGCCGCAGAAUCCUCACGGUUCGAAGGAACUCUUGAGAUCAUCCGAGACAGGGGCUCCCGGAGCAGGUGACACAGUGUUGCUCACUAAGAUACCGGGUUCGUUACCCGGUGUGCAACAAGCCAAUAAUUACACACUCGGAGAUUGUUUUAUAUUAGAAUAGUGCUAGCCUUGGGUGCUCAGUGGUGUUCCAGAAAUCAAGCACUCCAACUCUCAACAUUUUUUACUGUUUAUACGUCUUAACAAACAAAGGAAUUAGUGUUCACUGGAUACAAGUCAUGUAGUUCUCUUACUAAUUUGUAUCCUAUUUUCUAUUGGCCAGUGCUUCUCUUUGCUUCUCAUACUAAUUAUGGUCUGACUUUCUCUUCGUUUAGGUCGGUGGGUUGGUGGUCGUGAUCUACCCCUGCUGGAAUUACCUUUCACCAGUUGGAGCUGAUUUCAGCCCAAGUGCUGAGCUGGAUUUAUUAGUGUCUUCCUUGCUGUGGGAGUUCUUGUAUAAUGUCUUUGUGGGCCAUAAAUUCUGCAUUCUUCGUGUCCGCUGUCAGUGGCAUGUCCUCCUUCCCAAGCUUUGAUAACCUCCCCCUAAACCUAAGAUAACUGAAACAUGUCAAGCCCUAAAAGUUAACAAAGCAGUUCUACCAAAAAUUAUUUUUUCCCCCAAUAUUUGGACAUCACUUAGAGAUUGAUACCUGCUGUUUCGUGGAUUAAAUCUCCUUCCUUGCUGAUUAGGCUAGAAAGUACACAAAGGUUAAACAUCAAGUAACAUCUUUUCUUAAGAAAAUUUUACGUAAUCCACAUUUUGAAACAACACAAAUGCUUGGAGAUGAGUUUUGAGUAUCUCUAAAGAGGGGGAUUCCACACCUUGCCUGGGCAGCUGUUCCAGUGCUCUGACACCUUCAGUGUAAUGAAGUUCUCCCUCCUGCUUUAGAUACAUGCUUCAUGAUAUACAUGCACGCUAUGUAUUGCUGGGUCAUGUGUUUAAAAUAUUGUCAAAAUCCGAUUUUAAUGGGAAUACCUCAGCAGGUGUGUGGUGCGCUAAGGCUGUGAUUAAGAAUCGCCAGGGACAGAGGAGGAUUUACUCACGCUUCAGUUUUUAUUUUAAAUUUUUUUCUGUUUUCUAUUUGCACUAAAAUCACAGACUUUUUUCUACUAGGUGCUGCCUGAAAAAAUAAGUUGACCCACAUACGAGUGGGAAGAAAAAUAAUCGUGUCAGAAGUGGGAUUCGAACCCACGCCUCCAUACGGAGACCAGAACACCCAAACCCGCCACGGGAAGGCGCGGAACGCCUUGAGUCUGGCGCCUUAGACCACUCGGCCAUCCUGACACUGCAUGUGCAGUGCCGACCGGGACAAACUUAGCACUAUCAUCGUGGCCGUACCUCGCUGCUCCGUGACCCUCGCUCCCUCACGGACAGCCCGUUUGCACUCGGGAGGUGCGGGAGCGCAGCCAGACACCCGCCAGCUCGGCCCGGCCACGGAGCUCCGCCGCAGCGAGGAGGAGCCCGGCGUUACCCACAGGCCCCCGCCGUGCCGCCACUUCCGCCGCGACCAUUUUGUUCUUCACCGGCGUCAAGGGUACUCGCUGGGCUCUCAUCAUGUUCCCGGUGGCCAGGGCCGCGCAGAGCCUCGUCGCUCGUGGCAUCCAGCGCACUGCAGUCAGACAAGCUCAUCACAAGCACGAGCCAACCUUCCAUGAUAAAUAUGGAACCAUGGUCCUCCUUGGUGGAGCUGCUAUGUUCUCUGCUGUCUGGGGCUAUGUGCUCACACAGCUUAAAAUUGAGUGGGGCUUUUCACCUGUUGGCAGAGUCACUCCAAGGGAAUGGAGGGAGUAACAGCCUCUGCUUCUAAUGAACUGGUCUAAACUUUCACUGAGAAAAUGGUCAUGUAAUGGUAUUUGUUCCCUGAUUACCACUUGGACAGUGGCAUUCCUGGUCUAAUAAACAUACCUAGAAAUCUG